AUUCAUCAUCCACUUCCCCAUUCAUAAUCGCAACAAUCAACCUCGGCGACGAUGCCCUUAAAAUCUCAAGGCGCAGCUUCACCAAGCUCCAGACAAGUUACUCCAAAGUGAUGAGCGACUCCAACCCCAAAAGUAACGCCAAUGGCGCCCCUGCCGUCGCGAAUACCAACGGCAACACCAACUCCUUCGCCCAAGCCCAGCAGCGCCUGGCCGCGCGCCGACAAGCACGUGAAGCCGAGGCGUCUGCCCGCCUUGCAGCCCAGCAAUCCGCCUCGCAACUGCGCGCCCGCAUAGCCGCCACACAGUCUCCCCUCCUCCGCAGGCUGGGCACGUCGACGCUCUCCCUGUGGGACGCCAUCUCGAGCCGCGAGGGCACGCGCCCGGCCUUUCGCGUCGGCCAGGUUGAUGCGGAACUUCUCGACGAGGAGCUGGUCGAGCUGCUGCGUGGGCAAGUUGGCGACGCGCUAAAGUACAUUGGCGGAGGCAACGCCGGGGCUGGGAGCAGCAGUUCAAUACUGCAUGACUGGGAGGCCGAGAUCUCGCUCGCGUUGAGGGCCGUCUUAUUCAAGUUGACUGUGUGGGACCACGAUGCCACAUAUGGCGCGGCCUUGCAGAAUCUCAAGUACACGGAUGCGAGACGCGAUGGGCCGGCGCUGGUGCCACCGAGCAGGUGGCAGAAGUCGCUGCAUGGGUUGGUGACGGUUGGGGGCAGAUACUUGUGGGCAAAAUGGGAGGAUUGGCUGCUGGAGCAGGACGACGGAUUUGAAGGGCCAAGUCCGAGGGUACAACGACUGUCGAGAUGGACUUCAACACUAUCUACGAUGCACGCGGCUGCGGCGUUUGCCUCUUUCCUGGUCUUCUUACUCCACGGGAGGUACAGGACACUACUGGACAGGGUUCUGCGCAUGCGCUUGGCGCCUCCAACGAGCCAGGUCAGCCGCGAGGUGUCGUUCGAGUAUCUUAACCGACAGCUUGUUUGGCAUGCGUUUACCGAGUUUCUGCUCUUUGUGCUGCCGCUGGUGGGGAUAAACCGGUGGAGGCGAUGGCUGGCAAGGACAUGGCGGAGGACGAAGAAGAUCAUGAGCACAGGAACCGAGGUUGCAGACCACGAGAAGAAGGGCGAAUAUUCGUUUCUGCCCGAGCGGACAUGCGCCAUCUGCUAUGAGGACCAAAACUCGGCGAAGAGUGAAAAUGAGCUCAUGGCUGCUGCUUCUACCGGAGUUGUCGGAUCGGCUCAAACAGAAAUCACGAACCCAUACGAAGCGAUCCCAUGCGGGUGCACCUACUGCUUCGUGUGCUUGGCAACAAGGAUCGAAAGAGAGGAAGGUGAAGGAUGGCCGUGUCUGCGGUGCGGUGAGUUGAUCAAGGAGUGCAAGCCAUGGAAUGGAGACGUACUGGAGCCGGAGAUCAAGUCACCUGCCUCCAAAACAGUGGUGUUUGCAGACGAUGUGAAGGUUGCAUCGGACGAAGAAGGAGAAGGGGUUGAGCAAGAGGAUUCACAAGUCUUGAUUGAGGAGGAUGUCGACAGGAGCCUGGAGGAUCUUCGUGCGCAAACACCCAGUGUGGUGUCUGACCAAGAAGACGACUUGGAGGGUUCCGAGUCGGAAGACUACGAUGCAGAAGAGAAUGACCUGAGCGAAGACUUGAACGGUUAGCAGACUGCUAGCUACUAUGGGCUGACUAGGAGGUAAAAAACGCUCAAAGCACACAUCCAGUAUGUACAAAUAUGUACCAAAAUCCACGGAAUGGUGCCUUCGUUAUGUUAGCCAGCAGCAUCGUCUUGUAAUGCCCAGCAUCCCACCUUGGGCUACAAGACGGAUCAGCACUGGUGGGAAGAAAUGAUCAUCC